AUGUGUGGUAUCGGACGCCAAUCAUUGCUGGCAAACGGCAAAUGUUUUCAAUGGUUAUCCCAAUCAAGUCUAACACCCAGUGAACUGAAUAAUGGACGCAAUCCAGGACCGGGUGAAGUGCCGUUUGCCGUAUGGAUUGUAUACACGGACAACAAACCGAUAAGUAAUAUAAAAAUCUAUCCGGGUAAAGUAUUUAUCAAUGAUGAUCAAUACCCAGAUGAUGAUCAUAAUGGAUAUACUAUUGAGAAAACAGUUAUACAUUGGAUGUUUCCCAGGAGACGGGCCGAGUAUGUAGACAUUGGACUCAUCAAACUAACUGUUGACUUACCGCUUAGCAGCCAACUAUCCACUAAUGGUCAUAACUAUCGGACACUAUUGAACGGUAUAUGUUUGCCACCGUUGGAUGCACUCAAUAGCGAGGAUGAGUUGGCACUGAUGGCUGGUUAUGGUUCAGUAAGAGAUGAAGAGGAAAGUGAUAGACUUAAAAUUGGUUACAUUAGGAUUAAAAAGACAUUCAAUAAUAAUACAGAUUAUUGGCGUCAGAUUAUACUCGGAGAACGGUAUCCAUCAUAUAAUGGCACCUUUUCAUGUGCGGGUGAUUCUGGUGCACCAUUGUAUCAGUAUGUAAACGGUAGGGCCGUAUUGAUUGGCAUAAAUACCGGCCGCACUAUUAGCACUCACAAGUGUCAUGAAAUCGAUGAUAGGGUGCGCGUAAUGUUUGUUAGGGUUUCAUGGUUUGUCGAUUGGAUUAUUGAUAUCAUUAAUAAAAAUUAA